AUGGCUAUGGAGUAAAUCAUAUAUGUGUAUAUAAAUAUUAGAAGUGCUCCUCACGCGUUUUUUCGUAUCAAAUUAAAACACAAUCGAACCAACGGAGAGGGAUUAACCCAAACAAAUGAAAACCUAGCCACUUUCAAAAUGUCAAAACGCAACGCUCUGCCGGCGGAACCACCGCCUAGACCGCUAGUAAAACAACAUUCGUGGUCACCGGAUGCCGAUCGAGAAGAAGCUUGGCUUCGGAAGAAGGGAAAGAAACCAUCUGGCCGACUUGGUCGGAGUAAAAGUGUGACGGACGAAGAUCUAGAAGAGCUCAAGGGAUGCAUCGAGCUUGGAUUCGGAUUCGAGCCGGAUUCGCCUGAUUUAGAUCCGAGACUCUCGGAAACUCUUCCAGCUCUUGGUUUAUACUGUGCCGUUAAUAAACAGUAUAGUAGCAGAUUGUCACGGACUUCGUCUCUUUCGUCUAUCGCAUCGGAAGGUGAAAACAGCAAUUCGAGCACGACGAUCGUCGAUCAAGGUGAUGAUCCGGAGACGAUGAAGCUGAGGUUGAAGCAAUGGGCUCAGGUGGUUGCUUGUUCGGUGAGGCAAUUCUCCGGCGAACCAAAUUGAUGUUUGCAUAAUGAUUAAGGAUAAUAAUCCUUUUAUUCUUUUUAUAAUUACCUCUUGAGAAAUUAUUGUUUGUUUGUUCUGAUGUCAUGUACAGAGGAAUGACAGUUUUGUAAAAUAGAUGCGAUUUUAGAGA